AGAAAGAGAGAAAAUUAGUUUUGCCUCUUCAGCUCUUCUACCCAUUACUCAAGAUGACUUGUAUUGGUAGUUUCCAGUAAGUGGAUAUUAUAUUCCCUAAAAAGUUUAAAGUGUCUGCUGAUGGAAAGAAACAAAACAAAAAAAACAACACAAAUUCUCGUGAAAUGCCCGAGGAGGAAGAGAUGAGUCCUCCGGGGGAUGUGGUCUUGUUACAGACGUACGUAUGUGGUCUCCAUUGAAGCUCCGUAGCUCUGUAGCAAAGCCUCCCACAGUGAAAGAGGAGCCAACUGUUUGAUCAACUGUUGUGUGAGACUCGCCUUUUUGUCUGACAUAUUUCACUUUUUGUGUUAAAAGAAGACAACCUUUUUCUUUUUUUGGGGGGGGGUCUCACACGGGAAGAUAUAUUUCCGAGCACAAACCAAGAAAUUUACUCAGCACCAUCAAAGGUCCCUGGCGGUGGAAAACACAUUAGCUUGGUUAGUGCGAAAUACAUGAUACAAAGAUGAACAGUGUGGCAGAUUGGCUCGUGCAGAACAGGGACAAGAUAGAGAAAGGCGUGGAGAUCAUGGGGCAAGCCUCCGAGGUGCUCGCUGCCACCGUGGGCCAGCUUCACCCCGUGCUGGAGGCCGUGUUCGUGGCCUCAGCCGAGCUGCUCAACAACCCAGAGGGCAAAGAGGCCCGCUACCUGACUCAGCAAUUCGAACUCGUCAACCAGCAACUUGAGGGGAUCCAGGACGAGAUUGAUAAAAUUGCCCUGGAGCUGCAGAGGACGUCGAUGAACAAGCAGAACUUCGACCGGGAGGCGCAGAUGCUCAGCCAGUACGAAAAGUUCCAGGACUUUGUCAACGCCAAGCCAAAGUUCAGACAGAAGAAGAUGGAGAAGUUCCUCAGCCACUACGAGAACACCGAUGCCGACUUGAACUUGGACGCGCUCUACAACGCCGUCACUGGGGAGAACGCCGCCGGAGACCCUAUGCUGGAAACGGUGGUCACCACCGAGCAGAGGAGCAGACGGGCAGUCGAGGAUUUCUGUGCCCGACUGAAGAAGCUUUUCGUAGUGGGCAUUAUCGCUGUCAUGGGCCAUGCUGCCCUCAAGGAAGGGGCGGUCGGCGAGGAGAUGGUGAAGAAGUGGCAGGGGCGGAUGGAGGAUGUGGAGAAACGAAUGAAAGCAGCCGUGGAUGACUGUACAGAGAACUUUGCGAAGCAGGCCCAGCAGGACAUGGAGCACCAGCUUCUGGAGAGCCCCGGCACUGUCGACGCCGCCUUCACCAAAUCCCUGCUGGAUUCACUUGUCAAGAAAUACGACUGGGUGAAGUGGUCCAUCAGGGCCUUCGGCGACAGGGAGCGCAUUUUCUUUUUCAACUGGCUGGCAGGGAAGAAGUACCACGGCAGCGGGGGAGCCAACUGGUUCGACAUUUUGACCACGAACAAGAUCAAAGUGGUGGUGUCCUUCUGUGUCAACCCCAAGCCCAUUAACAAGAGUCAGAUCCAGGCGCAGAUCGAGGGGCAGAAGCUGAAGGGAAACAUGAUGGCAGUGGCCCUGUCUUUGAACAAGAGCUUCCCCAACUGCCUGGUCCACGCCGUCAGCCAUUACAAGGAGGUGGUGGAGACCAACAACUUCCAUGAGGAUUGCUAUUACUAUGGAAAACACAAGAGAGCCUACCUGUGCAUCCACCCUGAGUAGGCUCACAGAAAAAUAAACAAAAAAAACAUCAAUUGUAGCUGCAUACAUGAAGAUUCAAGCUACAAAUGAAUUACAGAAUGUCUUCAGCAGAGAUCUGGGAAUAUCUCCAUCACAUAUAGAAAAUUAUUCCGAAAUAUUAUCUGCGUUGUCACAUAAUCUGCUCUGUCUGCUCUGGUAUAUUUGAUUCAUUGUCCUGAAAUGAUGUCUAUUCUUUUACAUAACGUAUAAAUCCUUACUUUGUUUGACGACGCAGCAGCUUCAGGGUGUUAUAGAAAAGCUCAGAGCCACACAUCUCCAGUGAUGAAACAUAGAACGAUUCCGUCCCCAUCGGAUAUGACCAGCCAUGUGACAGCGACAUCGGUCUGUUGGCUGAAUUUACCAUAUAUUUAAGGUUGCCUUCUUCCAUAAUCCCUUGAAUAUCUCCGGGUGUAUCGGACCUCCGACCGAAUAGAUACAAAUACGUAUUUUUAAAAAUUCAAAUCACUUAGCUGCUUUUGUCGCAAUAUAGGGCUGCGGGGGAAAACCUACGUGUAUUUUACUUUUGAUUUGUAAUAAACAAGCAAAAAAUGUGAA